AGAGGAGGAGCUUUUGAUAACUUGCACUGAUUCAGUUCAUAAUUUCGCUUCUUUUUUAAAAUGGAGGUCGUAUUUGCGUUAGGCUCAAAUGGCUCUGGUCAGUUGGGUAUUGGCCACAAAGAAGACGUUUCAGUGCCGAAGCAGGUCCUCUUCCACCCUGACCCUCCAACCUCCUCCAUUACAAAAGUUGCAGCGGGCGGGAACCAUACGUUGCUUCUUACGAAAACUGGUCAACUUUACUGGAGUGGUGAUCCCACGCCAGGUGCAUGUGGAUUGAACACUGGUCCAGAUGCAGCUGUGUUUCGAGAAAUUCAGCUUACCAAGAAUGGAGAACCUCCAGUUGGCGAUAUUGCCUUGAUCACAGCAACUUGGGAGGCUUCUAUCCUUGUGGCUAAAGAUGCAGAUGGGAAGAAGACUCGAGUUUUCAGUCUCGGGGCGGGUAUGAAAGGCGAACUAGGUCUGGGAGAACUCAUCGUUCGCACACCAUCAGCAACCCAAAUUCGAGAAUUCCCACCUCCGGGAACAGAAGUUGUCGACCUGUCUGCUUGCAUGGGACAUGUCGUUGCAGUUCUCGACAAUGGCGAUGCUUACGGCUGGGGUAAUGCGAGAAAGUCCCAAGCUGGGGAGCCAGGCCAAGUCCUUCAGGCUCCCAGAAAAAUCGAGGGCAUCGACUUCAAGGUCGCGAGAGCUGUCUGUGGCAGAGAAUUCACAUGUCUAUUCGGCGACCCACAAAGUGGAAACAUCAAGGUUCUAGGUUCAGAUAAAUGGAAUAUUCAAUCAGGUGUACCCGAGACAUGUGCUGGGUGGAUGGACGUAGGCGCAAGUUGGGGAAAUAUAUAUGUCCUGGGGAAGGAUGGUUCUCUACAAGCUUGGGGACGAGAUGAUCAUGGACAACUACCUCCACCGAAUCUCCCCGAGCUGAGCAACAUUGCAAUCGGCAGCGAACAUGUUGUUGCUCUCUCUACCGCAGGCGAUGUUCUAUCAUGGGGAUGGGGCGAACAUGGCAACUGUGGACCUCAGGUUGAGAAUAACGAUGUCAAAGGCCGAUGGAAUGUCAUUGCUUCAUCUAAAUUCAUCCCCCCGGGCUCCAAGAUAGGGGAAGUCGGGGCAGGGUGUGCCACCAGUUGGGUAUUCAUUACAGCUGAGUGAAUAUACUCGCCUAGAUGCCACAUCUUUAGUCCUUCAUCCCAUUUUCUUGUCCUUAGUCGGGGAACAGGGCCAGACUUUCGACCUCUGUCAACUUUUGUGUUGGUUCAAUGUAUGUUGAUUCAGCAUCUGUUGGUGGUGGAUGGGAAAUUUCGGGCUGGGGUUCAACGGGAGCAAGAUUCUCCAAGAAACGGCUCGUGUCCAUAUCAGGAGCGUUCUACUGUAGUCAGUACGCGAUCGCAAGAAGGGCUUUUUCAACUUACAGGAUCAAUGCUAUGAUCCCAUCCCAGCUUAGCAUUGUCUUCCGCAAGCUCUUCAUCCUCGUAGUUGAUAGGUUCCCAACCUUCGUCCUCAACGAAUAGACUCUCAGAUCUGUUGGUCGCAGGUGGUGCCGGUCUCUGCGAGGGUCGAAGGUCAAACGCCCCUACGCGCGAGGCGCUGGCUCUAGCAGCGCUCAUCUGUGGUGUUGGAUUAUGCUGAGGCAAGGAUGGGGGGGGAGGCGCGGGCGCUGGCGCUGGUUGUGACUCUGGAGGAGCCAUGCUCGGCCGCCGUGAUGUGGCUUCGAGACGCGGACCGGUAUUCUGAGUUGCAUUCUUGCGUCCUUUCUUAGUCCUCUGGCCAGUGUUGGUCCCGCGCUCGCCAACAGUCAUGACGAGAAAUUCGCAUGACAUGGCAUCGCCAGUAUAGGAAAGCUGGAUGGGUUGUGUAGGAAUUGAGUAUCGGGCUGACACAUCGUUGCCUGUGAUGCCAGCAUGUUGAAUGAUAGCGCGGAAAUCUUUGACGGAUAUCACAAUGUGAAGUUUGUCUUCCACAUCAAUCUCGUCGAAUUCAUCCGCUUCGACAGCGAUUGAGGUUUGGAGUGGCUUCUUCAAGACCGCUAUUCGAUGUCAGCUUAUAGGCAAUCAUGUUGUCAACAGAUACACACCAUCCUCGCUCACAGUCUUCUCACUGAAACAAGUAAAAUUGACAUGAUCUCCAUCAGUGUUGAUAUCGAGGAACUCGAUACCAGGGCCAAAGUGAUCCAUGAGCUGCCGCAAUGUGCGUGAAGAGAUUGUCCAGUGGUGGGGGGCAUCUUGUUUGCUGAACUUGGCGUGGAUUGGGACGGAGGCCUCGAAUGGGAGACGGUGCGUAGAUGUCAGUCCAUUUCGGAAGAUAAGGCGUGC